AAUAAGUUUUAUGUAAUAAGAAAUGAUGAACAAAGUAUUGAAUAUAGUUUUGAAAAAACAAAAACUAAAGAACCAUGGACAGUAAAAAUUGAAUCUAUUGAUGAUGAUGAUGAUUUUAGUAAAUUAAAGACAUUUGAGAAAGAAGUGAACCUAGAGUUGGUGGGAUGUUGA